AUGGCCGUCUUCAGCCUUCUUCGCGAUACUUGGGAACCUGUCGUUAGCCGCCUCGAGCGUAUGGUACGCAAAGUAGCUGGUGAACUGCCAAUCGACACCGACUGGAGUCAAUCGAUCAAGGGAUCAUGGUACGUCCAUCCUAGACAACAUGGUCUCGAAUUGGUAUUCCUUGCAUCUGCAUUUGGCUGUGCGGCAUCCUAUUUCUUCACCAAGGCUCUUGGUCCAGGCACACUCAACUAUAAGCUCUUGUCGAGCUUUGUGCCUCCAUUGCCUGCUAGUUGGACCGAGAAGGCUGUUCUUGGAUCCCUUGUUGGUUCUCUUGGUAUCACGCUUGCUCACAAGUUGAUUCGUGGCCAUGGUCUUUUCAUGUUGCAGCCUUGUCAUAUGAGUGCACUGCUAUUGAUCUCGGUGAUGUCUGCCCCUGAAAAAAUGAUUUCCAAGGUCCUCUUCAAUGUUUAUCUCCAUACCCAAUUUGGAGGUUAUGCUGCGUUGGCAUUCCCUGACACCAGAGAUCAUCGUCUCUUUCUGGAGACAUUCAACUUUUUCGCUGAACACAUCUUGAUUCUGGCAGCUCCCAUUUACAUGAUUUACAGCCGUCGUUAUCCUGUACUUCCUCCAUCGCCUAGCAUGGCCUUGUUGUCCUUUUUCAUUUACGGCUUUUUCCAUACCCCAUUGCUGCAUGCUUGUGCAUUGAAGUCUGGACUUAAUCUUAACUACCUUUUCGCACCGCCACCAGUCAAAAUCCUUGUUAAGCUUGGUCCUCUUUAUCGUCCAGCCAUGUAUUGCACUGCAUUGGUGGCCAUGUUUGCUACUCGCUAUCUUUUGGUGGGUGGUAUCAUGUCUGUGUUGCCUCGUAAGGCUUUGCUGAUGUAA